AUGUUUGUUGCGUUUACCGUCUACCGACCAACUGACUGUAUAUGUAUCCCUGAACUUCUUCAACUGUCAUCGAAACAAUUAGCCAAAAAGAAGAUUUGUAUCAGGCAUUUCGAACAUCAAUAUCUUGAUGGCUUCACGAGGAAAUACCACGGUUAUCCUACUCUACUGACUGAAGAAGAAAUAGCUUGUGGAGUACCCAGUCAAUCCAUCACUGACUAUUAUGAUCAUACUUACUGUAAAAGAAGGCAAGGUAUGGAAGAAGCAGCUCCUGAAAUAAUUAAAAAGCCAAAAUAUAGUAAAGAAUACAUGCUGGUUAAUUUAGAUAAUUCACAAAAUAAUAAAAGAGAAAAUACUGGAGAGACUUCUGUGUCAGAUGACAUCACCAUGUUGUCAAAGCCAUCAACUUCUCAGCAAAGUUAUUACAUCUCCAUGUCGCCAAAACCAUCAACUUCUCAGCAAAGUUAUGAUGUCCCCAUUUCACCAAAGCCAUCGACAAUUCAACACAGUGAUAAAAACAAAUGUAUUAAGCUUGUAAAAAGUAGACCUCGACUUGUAAGCAAUAUUAACAACUUAACUCCAAGAUGUCGAAGGUUGUACUUUAAGUGUAAAGAUAUGAUUAAAAGAAAGAGAUUGUUUACAAGUAAUGAAGAUAACAAACAAAACAUUGCUCAUGCAGAAAUUCUUAGCAAUACCAAAAGUUUUAGAAAAUUAAUAGAAAAGUUAGAUUUCUUCCCAAAACAGUUUAUAGCAUUGCAGCUGAGGUUUGCUGGUAAAGCUUCAAAAGGAAGAAGCAUUGUUUUUGAUGAAGUUCAGUUAUCUGCACAUUUGAAUUUUAUUGCAAGCAAUGAUGAAAUUGAGGGGUUUGUAAAAGCAGAUGGGCCCCCAAAAUUUGCUGACCAUGCUUUGGUAGUGAUGCUCAGAGGUAUUUGUGCAUCAUGGCGACAACCAGUCGCUUACUAUUUUUGCCAAGGAACUACACCAGCAGCUACUUUGAAACAUAUUUUAAAGGAUAUGGUUAAGAUAGUAAUCGAAUCUGGAUUAAAGCCUUUAGCCUUCAUUUGUGACCAGGGAGCUACAUCACAGCGUGCUCUUAAAGAUCUUCAAGAAGAGACUAAGAGACACUGUUUUCAAAAUAAUAUAAAAUUUGAUGGUAGUAUCCUAAUUGGGGGAAAUGAGCAUGUUAUACCAGAAAAAAUAAAGAAGAUGAAAGUUAAGAACUGCACUCAAGUCUUCAGUGAACGCGUAGCUGCCACAAUGCAGUAUACAGCAACUUUUUCUCAGCGACAUGACGGAACACAAAUCAAUGAACAACCAGUUCCCGAUAGUAAUGAUAAUAGAAACCUUAGUUGUUCAUCUGAAGUAAAUUUAUCAGGAAAUAUGGUCUCCUCCAUAUUUGAAGAAAAAAAUAAAUGUAAAUGCGAGGAGUUACACUUCAGGAUAUAUUAUAAGAAAACUGUGUCAAAAUAA